UGCGGGCGGCCUGCGUCAUCUAGCUGCGCCCGCCGGUGCGCUAGUCGGAAAGGGAAGUGGAGCGUCUGCAGUCGCUCUCUGAUGAGAUCAUUGACUGUAGAUGCGGGACCCGGUGGCAUCUGACCCUUGAAGGCAGCUACUUGUACUCUCACCCGCAUUCUCUUGCUGACAGAAGGCUCGAGGGAUUUAUUGGCCACGUGUGCACAUUCUGAGAACAAGCUACUGAAUUGGCUGCCAAUAAUGGGAAGAACCUACAUUGUAGAAGAGAGCGUUGGUCAAUAUAUUUCAAGCAUCAGUCUCCAGGGAAAAUCUUUUGUCUCUGGUCUUUUGAUAGGACAGUGUUCUUCACAAAAGGAUUAUGUGAUUCUUGCCACUAGAACACCACCCAAAGAGGAACAAAAUGAGAACCUCAAGCAUCCCAAAGCUAAGUUGGAUACCUUGGAUGAAGAAUGGGUCACAGAACAUGCCAGCCAGGUAUCCAGAAUGCUCCCUGGAGGACUUGUGGUUCUUGGAAUAUUUAUAAUUACAGCUUUAGAACUAGCAGAUGAUUUUCAAACUGUCCUGCGCAGACUAAUAUUUUCUGUGGAGAAAUCUAUGAAUAGAAAAAGACUAUGGACUGUCACAGAGGAAGAGGUCUCAGAACGAGUGAUACUUCACUUAUGUUCUUCUACAAAAAAAUUAUCUUGUCGAACUUAUGAUGUCCAUGAUCCAAAGAGUUCAGCAAGACCUGCAGAUUGGAAGUAUCAAAACCGAGUGUCUACCUCCUGGCUGUCUCUAGAGUGUACUGUUCACGUUAAUAUCCACAUCCCACUGUCGGCUACUUCUGUCAGUUAUUCUCUGGAAAAAAAUACAAAGAGUGGACUUGUACGCUGGGCCAAGCAAAUAGAAAAUGGUGUUUAUUUGAUUAAUGGUCAAGUUAAAGAUGAAGAUUGUGACCUAUUGGAAGGACAGAAAAAAUCCAGAGGAAAUACUCAAGCAACUGCUCAUUCUUUUGAUGUCCGAGUGUUAACACAGUUGCCCCUGAGCUCAGACCACAGAUCCACAGCCACAGUCCAGAUCUGUAGUGGCUCUGUAAACCUCCGGGGGGAUGUGAAAUGUCGAGCUUUCAUCCACAGCAGCAGACCUAAGGUUAAAGAUGCCGUGCAGGCAGUGAAGAGAGAUAUUUUGAACACAGUUGCUGAUCGCUGUGAAAUACUUUUUGAGGACCUGCUUUUGAAUGAAACUCCAGAAAAAAAAAAUUAUGAACUUCCUCACCGAGUUUUCAUUCCCCUUCCUGGAUCCGCUAUAAGGUUAUGUGAUUAUAAAUUUGGUGAUGAAUCGGCUGAAGAAAUCAGAGACCAUUUUUCAGAGAUGUUAGAUCAUGAGAUUCAAGUAGAAGACUUGGAAAUUGCAGAGGAAGUAAACACAGCUUGUGUGACUUCGUCUGUGAGGAGUGAAGCGCCCCUGACUGACACGGGAGAAGAACAACCACAGCAGCCAAAUGAAACUCCAAUCGCAUCAAAGAUUCAGCAAAACAUAGGUGCGAUUGCAGCAAUUGCAGUUGCAGUCCUUGCGGCCGGCAUCUCCUUCCAUUACUUCAGUGAUUAGGGUGAGGCACAAAGAGCUUCCUGAUCACCCGGAACACACUGAUCAUCAGCUAUGAAAACUAAAGAUGUUAAUGUCCCGCCUGCAUUUAAGCUCCGCUACGAGAAUGUCUAUUAGAUGUGUUUCUGACUUACAUGACAUCACCAGCUGCCUCAUUUUCCCUGCUUUUAUUAUCGGGCCCAGGUUUCCAAAAGUAAACUAUGCAUCUAAAUGGAGUUGCAUGUAACAGAUCACUAUUAUUUAUCUUCAGAAGAGUCAAAAUGUGAGCUAUUUUAGAAUUUAAUCCUACUGAAUGACAUCACACAUUGAUCAAAAUAUGUAAACUACGAACAGUUCAUCUUAGAGGACAUUUCCAGUAUGCACUCAGUCACAACAGUUUAUGGACGUGGUUUAAGUUUGAGGCGAUGAAUACUAUUUUAAGCAUACAAAUGGACAGUGAUUUCCUGGGUGUCAGGCGCUAGUAACAGCAUGGCAGUAUGCUGCUGGCCUCACACCAGAAACAGAAAUGUGAAUCAGAGAUGCUGACCUAGGUAGGGCAGUUAAUGUUCUGUAGCUCUCACCCUACAGUUCUGUGUAGAUCCUGGCAGAAACAAACUAGUAAACUCCUAACUUAGACCCAAGACUCCCAUAAAUUAUGAUCAAACAGUAUUUUUCAUUCAUGAUUGUAAGUUAUGGGGUACAAGAUACACUGAAUCAGCAGGAGAAUUAACUAUAGGAAAAUAGUCAUUGGAGUCAUUUCUCCCAAGUCCACAACGGUGAUGUAGAGAACAAAGGAUAGAGCCAUAGAUGUGGACGAGAGCCAGGUAGUGCUCCUUAGAAUGAGGACCUCAUUCUUUAAAGGAAGAGGACAAACUGCAGGCAGGUCAGCAGUAGCAGACACAGCGGAAGAGAUCAGUGAAGUGGAAGGGAGAGCAGCAGGAGGGAGGUGAGAAGGAAUGGGUGAUGGUCUAGGAGAACCAGGUGGGGAAAAUGAAAGAGAGGCAGCACUUGAGAUGGCAGGGUUCGCCACACAUGUUAUCAAAACAUUUAUAAAUUCAAGAAACAAUAUAGCUUAAACACAUUUUAAAAAAAUAAAAUCCAUGAUUUAUCCAAGUAGUGAACCACAAAAUUGGUUUAAAAAACCAAAGGGAUAGAAAGCUCUUCAGCAGAGGCAAGUCAGUCUCAUACAGAGUAGACCCCCAGUAGCAGCAGUGUACACAAGGAAGCAGGAAAUGCCUUCAGACUUGAGUGGAACUGUAAAAACCAGGCAAAGCAAAACUCAGAACCAACAGACCUUCAUUAAAGAAACUGAGACGGGAUAGUCUUCAAUGAGGAAAAUUACUCCAAAAGCAAGGUCUGAAAUCAAGUGUUGAUUAACAAAAUGAUCAAUAUUGUAAAUUUAAAGUCUUGUUUAUAUAAAGCAAUCAUAAUGAAGUAUUUAUAGAAAUUGUAAAACUGAAUAAAUAUUGUUAUGCAA